ACGUCACUCGAUUCGGAUUUUUCCUCAGUGGUUGUCAGCAACAUCACAGCAGUCCAGGUUGUGGUGGUAUUAUUGCGAACUCUACGUCUGCAGUAUUCCCGAAUAAGAGACUCCCAUCAUAGGCAAUUUAAUUGCAAUGGCUAGAGACUCGAUUCAGCAGGCUAGCGUCACGUCGCAGCAAUCUCUUUCCUAAACAGUUAUUUAACUUGGCCACUUGAUGCCUACAUAGUGCACAAUAGGGGAUCAACUGAACUUUGAGGAGCUUUCACCUGGACCAGAUCUGAAGGAAACAUCCAACAUUUGGGGAAUAUCAAAUCGGGCUACUGGCGGUUGAGGUUAAGGAUUAAGAAGAAAUCGAGUCGUUUUCGGGAAAUUGUUCCUAAAACAUCGAUCAGGAGAUCCACUACCCCUUCUCUCAUCGACAGAGACCCUCCGUCUUCGGCUCCCCUAAAUCGUGAGGGGGGUAGAUCUACGAUACGCUGCAGAAGCCAAGGCAGCUGGAUGCAUCAGAAGGGAUCGGAGGUUGAUGGAGGAAAUGCUUUGCUAUUUUAAGUGAUAUUUUUAAAUCGACUAUUAGACCUCAGCGUCUUUUUUGCCUCACCAGGGAAAAACACUUUAGGCGAGGGUAAACUAAUUGACCAUUCACUGUUGCCUGCAUCUGGUUUUAAUGAGAAGUGUCUUGCACUUUUAAUAAACAGCGUGAAUAACUGGUGAUAGUUUACGCAGUGCCGUUCAUUGAACAACGAAAUACUUCUUAUUCUCCGUUACUUUAAUGAACAAACGGUACAGGCAUUUCAUGUAACAUUGGGCUGGAUUUAGUGCUGAAGUUACAUGCCUAACUGUAUAGAUCUAUAAGAAGUCAACCCUCUCCUGGGAAUCAUUGUGCUACGGAAAGCCUUGUGGAGACGAAUUGGUGCUAUGGCGAUGUUCGAAAGUUUUUGGAGAAUAGGCCUAUUCCUGGCCAUGAGUGCUCAAGGGGUUCUGGGUCAGAGUGUUCAGAUGGACUCCAUCAAGUCCGGCUUCGUUGGCUCCCAGGUGGAGCUGCGCUGCCAGUUCAUGAACAGCAGACCCCCGGUGAAGAUCUCUCAGGUCACCUGGCAGAAGUUCCUGAACGGCACCAAACAGAAUGUGGCCAUAGCCAACCCAGCGCUGGGCGUGUCUGUGCUGCCGCCUUUCAAAGAUCGCGUCAGCUUCAAGCACCCGGCGGUCCGCCAGCGCACGCCCUUGCUGGAGGACACCACCAUUGUGUUCAACAACCUCCGGCUCUCCGAUGAAGCGGCUUACAUCUGCGAGUACACUACAUUCCCUGCUGGCAACCGGGAGAACAUGGUCAACCUAACUGUCUUCGCGCGGCCUUUGACCCGUAUGACCCUCACCACGCCAACAAUCAUCGCACGGUCACAGAAGCGAAAGAUGACCGUGGCCACCUGCGUGUCAGCCAAUGGGAAACCUCCAAGUGUCAUCAAGUGGGAGACCAAGCUGAAGGGAGAGUUCAACUUGCAGGAGACGCGCAACCCCAACGGCACCGUCACGGUGCGCAGCAGCUACAUAGUGACGCCCAGCCGCGAGACCCACCGGCAGAAACUCACCUGCAUAGUCACCUACCGCAACGAGAGAAUCACUGACAGCGUCAUUCUCAAUGUGCAAUAUGAGCCUGAUGUCAAGAUCGACGGCUUUGAUGAGAACUGGUAUUUGAAUCGUCAGGAUGUCCAGCUCACCUGCAACGCAGACGCCAACCCAGCCGUGACCAUCUAUCAGUGGAAACUGUUGAACGGAUCCUUGCCCAACAAUGUUGAGAUAAAAAACAACACCCUGUUCUUCAAAGGCCCCGUGACGAACGACCUAGCUGGCAGUUAUGUCUGUGAUGCCACAAACAGCAUCGGUACCCGCUCGGGACGGGUAGACGUCAACGUGACAGACUACCCUAACAACCCGCCAACCCGUGAGAUGCCGCAGGAGCAGCAUAAUUCAGGUGCUAUCAUCGGGGCCAUUGUUGGCGGAGUGGUGUUGCUGGGUGCAGCCGGCAUUCUGCUCUUUGUGUUCCUGCGCCGGCGGCAGCGCACCUUUAAGGGCGACUACAGCACCAAGAAACAUGUGUUUGGGAACGGGUACAGCAAGGCCGGCGGCCUGCCCGCACACCCGCCGCUGCCAAAGAACCUGCAGUACCCAGACGACUCGGAUGACGAGAAGAAGCCGGCUCAGAUAGGGGAAUCGGGGGGCUAUGAGGGAGAUGGGGAUUUUGAUGGUGAAGCGGAGGAUUUAAAGAGGCCAUACUUUACUGUGGACGAGGGCGAGAGCCACGAAUUCGACGAUCGGACCCUCACCUUCCAGUAUGACCCUGAACCUGAGAUAGCUGAUGAUAUGGUCUCUCAAACCGACGGCUCUGUCAUUUCAAAGAAAGAGUGGUAUGUCUAGUGGCAUGCAGACAAACAAGGGAAACAAGGCAUACAACCUCCCGCUCCUCCCUGCAUCUGCCCACACACCCUUUCACUUCCAUCACUUUCAUACCUCCAGCUCUCCUCUUCCAACUCUUCCUCAUCCCUCUCUCUUCACACCAGUCCUACUCCCCACCACCUAAACCUUUUCAGUUUCACAUUAGAAAACACUGCUUGUAGCUUCUUGUCACUAUUAUGUAUCAUUUGUACCAUGCACACAGAGGAGAAAGUAGAGGUUGGAGUCUACGGUGUCUUAUUCUGUUGGGUGUCAUUCUGGUGACAUUAUAAAAGCAUUAAGUGUACAAAAACAAGAUUUUGUAAACGUUUGGGAUGAGAAAUGCCUAAUCCUAUUGUGAAAGUCCAACACUGGAUGUAUGUUUUUUUUAUUAUCUGCAUUACCCUUGCUUUUAAGUGAAUGUUUUUUAUAUGACUUGGUUUUAUAUGAGGUGUGUUUGAAUUGUGGUGGUAGAAAAUGACACAUCAUCACAACUGAGUAAUGUCUGUGACAUUGCAUUUUGCGGAUGGAAAGAAAAUGUGUCAAGUGUGUGAAUGUCUUGAGCUGAUUCGCCCUUCUUUUUACUGAUGUCAAAACAAAACUAUUUCUUUUCAGGCAGAUUUUGUAGUAUUGUGACUGAGAAUGUGAAGUGUAUCCUUUGGGUGAGUUCUUCCAACGUGCCCUUCUGACUGCUAAAACAUCAAGCUCAAUGGAAAUCCCAAAUCAUUCCUGAAUGCCUUCAAAAUACAGAUCUGUCUUACUGUCCGAGGGGAGUAUGUCUAUAUUUUUAACGCCAUGGGCACGGCAGUGGAGAGGUAUUGAUUGUUGAUUGCAUGCAAGGCUAGAUCUUGCUUGACACCUGGAACCGCAUCUGUGCAUGAAUAUACCCACAGGUACACCAGACAUGGGGGGAAAAGAUGUGUGUGCGGUCUGUGGGAGUUCUCUCAAAUCCCACUGUGCAUCAUCAUCAUCCCAUUCAGCUGCAGUGUGGUGUGUGUGUGCGCACGUUGUCAGUGAAACAUCUCAGCAGUCCUUUAAAACUGACAAAAAACAAAAAACAGAAAAAACUCUCAAGAGCUGUCUUACUUUGUGUCAUUACGAAAUAUACUAUGUUUAAAUGUGUUGGGUUUUUAUAAGUGUGGUUGAUCAUUUAAUGUUACGUUUCAACAAGUGUGUGGGAAGAGGGUUGAACUCUUACCUUGUAAAUGUGUGCGUUUGUCUUUCUGUUUAUGGUCUUCUGUGAUGGUAUGUUACACUUCACCAUACAUGAAAAUCAACAGACUGUGGAGUGAAUGAACAUUAAGGAAGUAAACCAUAAGGUGUGGGGAACAUAUUCAUUUGGGGAAAACUGUGUAUUGACUUUGUUUUGCUCAUUAUCUUGCACAUGGCAUCUGUUCUUUGCAGAAGCACAAAAUAUCAAAAUGCCUCUUUCCUACAGCUUAAAACAAAGCCAAAGCCAUGGAUGGGCACACAAUUGAGGUUUCACAAUUGAUGACACACAAACUUGUGGUUUACAGCAAAGAAGCCUUUGUUCAAUAGCAUUCAGAUGCUUUUUUGCUGGCCUGGAAGAUCUGCAUUACAAAACAAGAUUGAGAAAAUAGUGGGGAAUUCUCUCGGAGAAUUCAAAGAUACACAGUACCUGGCAGAACCAGUGCUGUUGUUAAGCCUUAUUUUAUGUUUAUUGCGUCAUUUUUUAAUCAUCAUUAUUUUGCAUGUCAUUGUGAGCAGGAGUGUUGGGAGUGUAGUUGAUGUUUUAUGCUUUUUUUUACCUUAGCAAUUUCCAAUGCUGUGGUAUAUUCCAUUGAUCUUUGUGUUAGCCACUUAGAGAAAAACUCCUCACCAGUUUUCGAACGCUGGGGUUUGAUGUUUGUUAGGUACUGAGAAAUACACUACAAAGGGAUUUUUCAGAGGUGAGCACCACUGUCAUCAAUGCACACAUUUCUCAGCCGCUCCCAUAAUGGCAUUAACUAAAUUCUGAAAUCACUCUCUUGGGUGGUUUAGUGUUCAUCUACACAAACAUAUGCCCUCUGCAGGUCAGUAUAGAGAGGUUAUAGAUAGCCUCCACCACUGAGGAGAAUUCAGAAGUUUUCUUCAUAAGAUGCUAACACAAGUGUCAUCCUCUAGGUUAAUGCAUACAGCAGAGACAUUCCAUCUGCCUAACAUCCCCUGUAUUUGGGAGUGUUCUGUUGUUGUCGUUUGUUUUUCAUUUAAAAUGUAUAGGACCUUUUCUGUGUGCUUCUCAAUCAUUAUAAUCAUUUUCAAGAAUUAAUCAGUUAUACCAUCGCAUUCCUAAGGUAACAUUUUUUUCUGUUUUGGAAAUGGGGUGGCCGGAGAAAUAACAGGCUGUUGAUCUAUCUUCUAUGUAUCCUAUAUUAAACACUUUUUCAUUUCAUGUUAAUUUAACAAACACAAACAUACUCAGACACUCCCAAGUGAUUUAUUUUUUUCACUUUGAUUUCCACAGAAAAUCUGAGUUCAUCCAGUAUUGAGUGUGAGCCUUGAUUUGUAUUAUGUUUAAAGCACAUGUUGAAAAUCAUACCAAAUCAUCAAGAAAAUGUUGUACUGUUUCAUCUCUCAUUACGGUACUCAAUUAUAGCGCAAAGGGAGCACAUUUACCUUCUUGGCUAUUGAAUAACCACGUGUUUGAUCCACCACUUUUUACUAUAAGCACAAGCCAUGCAGCCAUCCCGGAGGCUUUAACAGGUGUGUCAUGACAACUGCAUCCUACUUCGGCCCAAUAAACCUGUUCUGUUGUCUCAUUAUGUGUAUAUCACGUAUCUUGAAAUGUUGAAACUAUGGGGUACCGAAAUGCAACCAUGUACAUAUAAAUAUUUGUGUUUAUAAGUUUA